AUGCACUUUAAAUCAUACGUGACGGCUGCCCUGUAUGGGCUGCCUGCUCUCGCGCAAGCGGCCCCAUCCCCAUCCUCGGGAUCUGGAUCGGCUGCUUCGUCCUCAACCUCCAAUGAUCCUCACUUUCAAACCUACACAAUCCAGGCGGAGAAUAUCACAGCCAAGCUCAUCCCCUACGGCGCGCGUCUGACCUCAUUGCUGGUGCCGGACCGUAAUGGCAACGUACAAGAUGUUGUCGUGGGUUACGAUGACCCCCAUUACUAUCUCCAAGACAGCGAGACCAAUCGCACCUUUUUUGGUGCGACAGUCGGCCGCUAUGCCAAUCGCAUUAAAAACGGGACCUUUACCAUUGAUGGCCACACCUACCACAUUCCUGAGAAUGAGCAUGGUGGCCUGGACACCCUCCACGGUGGCCCUGUGGGCUAUGACAUGCGCAAUUGGACCGUCACUUCUCACAGCUCUUCCUCUAUCACGUUCACAUUACUGGACCAAGGCUUGGAGAAUUUCCCUGGCGACGUGAUCUCUCAUGCAACCUUCAGCGUCUCCACCGAGAAGUCGGCUGAGAACCCCAAGGGCCUGCCACAGCUAACCACCAAGCUUGUAUCGCUGGCCUUGACCAAGAAGACUCCCAUCAUGCUGGCCAAUCACAUCUACUGGAACCUGAACGCUUUUAAGAACCCUACCAUCUUAGACGAUACCUACCUGCAGCUGCCCAUUUCACAAAGGUUUAUUGCAGGUGACGGCAUUUUAAUUCCCACUGGUGAGAUUCUGGACGUUGACACCGCCUAUGAUGCUGCUCUGGACUUUACCGAGCCUAAGCUCGUCGGCCAGGAUAUUAAUAAGACCGCCGGCCUUUGUGGCACUGGAUGCACCGGUUACGAUACGUGCUGGCUCCUAGACCGCCCUGCUGCCUACGCCGCCCAGGACUCAAUUGUCCCCUCUGUGCGUCUGGCAUCUGAUAAGACGGGUAUCACUCUAGAUGUUGCCACAAACCAGGCUGCCAUCCAGAUCUACACCUGCAAUGGUCAGAACGGCACCAUCGCGACCAAGGAGUCGCAGGCCAAACGUAACAAGGCCGAGGAUGGCAACGCUGGUGCCACUCACGUCAACAAAUACGGCUGCAUUGUGGUGGAGACUGAAGACUGGAUUGACGGUAUCAACCAGCCCCAAUGGGGUCGCCGGCCCCACCAGAUCUUUGGUCCCGAUGAUGGCCCUGUCAACAACAUGGCCACCUAUCAGUUCGGUACCUUUUAA